AAUCGUAGUAGUAGGAGCAACGUGUGUGUGAUGAACUACCUAUCCUUUGCGUGCAAAAAAACAAGUAAACAAACAAAAGAAUCCGAAAUGGUCGCCCACCACCACUGCGCCGUCUGCGUCAGCGUGCCUCGUCGCAGUCGCAGGCAGCACAAAAGACGACCGCCGCAGCAGCCGCGAGCCGCGGGAAAAGCUGAGCAGUGCAGACCGCGGGAGAUGGGACGAUGGCCUUCGCCGCCUCGUGACCACCUCGAUUUAUUUCGCAACCACCCUUCCUCUUCGCUUCGUUUUCUUCUCCUCGACCCGCCAAACAGCAGCCCGCUCUUUUGAUCUUUUCCUCCCUCUCUUCUUCUCCCUCCGAACCACGAGUCGCCGCCAAUGGCCUCCUGACAAGGCCUCGUCUCGGUUCUCUGCUCGUGGUUGGGGGCUUCUUGGCGUUCUUGAUUUUUUGGUUUGGGUGCCUUGGUGCUCGUUCUUGAGGCGUUCGUUUUCCCUUGGUUUGAUGCGGCGGCGGUGGUGAGGGUGGGAGCAGCCGCAGGUCGGGAAUGGAAGGGGACGAGGGCGCGGCGGCGGCGGCGAGGAUAAGGCUAGUGCGGUGCCCCAAGUGCGACAAGUUCUUGCCGGAGCUCCCCGCCUACUCCGUCUACGUCUGCGGCGGCUGCGGCGCCGCUCUCCAAGCAAAGAAGAAGUACUCAGCCCAAGGUUCUGAUAACUCUGAUAAUGGACAUGUGAAGUACCUUGAGGUACUAGAGAGUGUUGCGGAGGCGCCUGAAGCAAUGGAUGGUGCUACCGCUGAUGGUAGAUCUAUACCCAAUAGAAUUUCAGCUUUGCACAGUAGAUCAGUUUACAACCAUGAAGACAAUCGAAUGGCAAGAGGUCCAAGUACUUCAACAGGUGAAGCUACUAUUAGAAACGAUGGUAGGGAGGCAAAGUACAUGCGCAUCCGUAAUGUGGAAAAUGCUGACAUGAUGAAAUCAGUAAGAGGAAGAGGUAUAUCUGACAUAUCUCCGAGGUCUCCAAUCGAUGGAAUUCCACCCACCUCUUACCAAGCGGAAAGCCUUGUCAACUACCAAUUACAGUCAAAAUACAGAUUCUCCAACAGGGAGCAUGCCAAUGAUAGGGACUUGGAUGGUCCAAGCAGAGUUAGGGGCCUUGAGAAAGAUCGUGCUGAGCUCUUGAAGAUGCUUGAUGAGUUGAGAGACCAGGUGCAGCAAUCAUGUGAGGUUACUGAUGCACCAAGUAGAAGUGCUACAACUAAUAGACCUGCAGAUGCCUCAAGUUCACAUGGUGCGCAUGAUCAGCCAAAUCAGCUGAGGCAUGAUCCAUCUGUAUUGCAUUGGAAUGGUUCUCAUCACUCGCCAUCCUUGAAUGUGCAAAGUCCUAAUAUCCCACAAGUCCAUGCUCCAUUGCCUACUCGACAGAAUCUUCAUGGAUAUGCAGAGCCCAUCCCGCAUGCGAGAGCCUCUAGCUAUCAUGCUGGUGCUGGUUACCCCUGCAGAAAUGUUGAUAAUUUCUUCUUUGGACAUCAUGAUCCUGACCCUUUGCUCUCAUGUCACCAUGAAGGCUUGUACCAUCAGCCCGUCUGUUCUUGCUUCAAUUGUUACCACCGAGAGUUUUUGCCUGUACAGGGAACUCCCCUUGGUUUUACUGAUCAAAGGGCACCAUACCUUAUGAACAGUUAUGGAGCAUAUCCUGUAGAGGGUCCCCUAUAUGGUCAGCAGAGAUACACUUCAAGAGGUACUAAUACUUCUUUACAGAGGAAUCACCUGAGGACCAAUGUAAGGAAGAAACCGGCACAAACUUGUGAGCCGAUUGCAGGUGGUGCCCCUUUCACCAUAUGCUACAAUUGCUAUGAAGUGCUGCGAAUACCAAUGAAACAUUCUUUGUUGGGAAAGGAGUAUAAGCUGAUGUGUGGAUCAUGCUCACAUGCAAUUCUAGUCAACCUUGAUGGAAGCAGGCUCAAUGUUUCAGAACCUGCGCCCGGUAUAAAUUUAUCUGCUGCACUGCAAAAUGGUAUUGGUGAUAGCAUGAGAAACAAUGGGCAUGCUAAUGCUGAUGAGAGGUUGCUUCCACAAUAUUGUUUUUCUAAUGGAAGUCAUGAAUCUCAAGAAAAAGAUCUAGAAUCAAAUUCAAGUGAAUCAGAUAGCAAACACACUCCUCUAGGGACUGAUUCUGAAAAUACUCCCCAGUCCAGGGAUCUUCCUUCUGAAGCCAAUGUAAUUUCCCAUGUACCAAGUUUACCGCAUCAUGAUCGUUGUGGAUUCUCACCAUCGGAAGAUUCUGGAAAGGGAAGUAGAAGUACCCAUUCUGAACAUGAAAAGGCUAUCCUAUUUACUGAAAGUUGCAAACGGAACUCAAUUAAAGAUGUAUGUGUAGCCAAUGAGACACAGUCUCCAGUCGAUGAGUUUGAUGAUACUUUAUAUGCACAAGAUAUGCUAAAUUUGCCACAAAAUGUUGGCCAUACUAGGUCUACAAAGGCAGGCGAUUCAUUUCUAACCAAUCUCAUUAAAAGGAGCUUCAAAAUGAACAAUGGAACACGCAAUGGAAGAGCAAGGAUUUUUGUUAAUGGCUUUCCUAUCUCUGACCGUGCAGUCAGGAAGGCUGAGAAGCUAGCUGGAGAAAUCUGUCCUGGUGAUUACUGGUAUGAUUAUCGUGCUGGGUUCUGGGGUGUUAUGGGGCGACCCUGCCUUGGCAUGAUACCUCCUUAUAUUCCAGAGUUCAAUUAUCCUAUGCCCAAGAACUGUGGUGGUGGAAACACCGGCAUAUUUAUUAAUGGGAGAGAACUUCAUCAGAAGGAUUUGGAUCUACUUGUGUCUCGAGGACUGUCUGAUUCCCCUGGCAGAUCUUAUAUAGUUGAAAAUUCUGGGAAAGUUUCAGAUGAAGUUUCUGGUGAAGAGCUUUAUGGCCUUGGCAAGCUUGCACCGACUGUGGAGAAAAUGAGGCGCGGAUUUGGCAUGCGAGUCCCAAGAAUCAUCCAGUGACAAACUGACGGGUCAAUACAAUACAUUCACAAGCUCUGGAGAUGCUAAGGGACAAGCCAAUGCCAUAGCUCAUAGCUGCAGCUCACACAAGUCACAACAGGGUGACUUGAGUUUUCCAAGAAUACUGUUUCUAGUUUAGCUCGUGAAUCUAGUUAUCGUCCUCCUUUCUUGUUGCCUGAUUGUGCUGCCCCUUCAGAUGUCAUAUGGAGGCAUUCUUGUAGUUUUCUAGUGUAUUUGUGAUUUCUUUUCGACCUGGUACAAUGAUUUUAGGGGGGGGGGGGGGAGGAGGGAGGUAGUCAAUUGAAUUUGUUUGGUUUGCAUUCUAACAUGUAUUAUGCACCUUCGAAGAAUGAUGUUGAAAUGCAUGACAAAACGCAUCAAAAUGAGCUCAAUUAGAAGGUACAGGAAGGAGUUGCUGGGGAUGGUUUGAACUAAACUUGCUGCCUUAUCUUUUUUUCUUAUUUCUUUUUUUUUUGCAAGAGUAACAAUCUCUUGAUUCUGAGCAUGACUAUAUUUAAGGUACACUAUUGUAUGUUUGACGAAGUAUUUGACACAUUGCUA